CAGCAGAAAAGCCCUAAACCCUCUGCAGUGACAGAGCCAGACCCCAAAACCCAGAAUCAUCAUCUGCACGACAUCGUCGACAUCAGAACCUCACUUCUCAUUGUUCAGAAGAAGUGAAGAAAUGGCAUUGGGACUAAUACUAGGGUUAGGAAGGGCAUUUCGUCGAAAGCGCACAUCAUCACUUGACAUUCUUUCCUCCAAACGUGCCCCAAGGGAUUACUACAAGGGGAAGAAUUGCAAGCCCAUUGGUUUCCACACCCGAAAAGCUAAGUAUGUUGUGCAGCAGGAGAAAUUACCUAACUAUGUAGUCCCUGAUUUAACUGACUUCAAGCUCAAACCGUAUGUAUCCCAGUGCCCCAGAGAGGUCAAGACUAGUGAGUCUGCUGAAUCAAUUAAAUAACCAGGCUAAACGACAAGCAUCAGAUCUGUUCGUUUAUUGUUGUAAUUGCGAAUUAAGUUCGUGUUCAUAUAUUUUUGAGUAGGAUGUAAGACUGAGUUGGUGAGGUUCUUGUUUGGCAGUUUCAUACCUUGAACUGUGAGUUAGGAUGGAAGACUGUAAGUUAGGAUGGAAGACUGUAAGUUGAUGAUAAACCUUUCUUCUUGGUUUAAGCAUUGCUUUAUAUUGACUCAACUAAUAACCAUAACUUCAUCGGAUUGGAUUGCAGAAUAUAUACUCGAGUAUUAUUUGAAUUAA